AUGCCGGCCGACGCCGUUGAAGCAGGCGAUCGGGGAGGCGCCGCGGCGCCCAUCGCCAAGCUCUCCCGGCUGGCUCUCAAGGAUGCCCUGCUGGAGUUGGAGAUCGUGGCUCGGAAGACCCGCGACGCGUCCUCGGCAGCAGUCCUGCAGCUCUUCCAGUCGGCUGAGAAGCGCUUCGGUGUGGAGGAACCCUACGAGUUCACGCUGCCUCCCUUCGCACAGCGGGAUGGGUUUCCGACGUCCUUCCAGAUUUGGUUCUCUGAGGCAGCCAUCAUGGCUACCAAAGCUGCGCUCUUCAACGAUAAGGAUGUGUUUGACCAAAUCCUUCGAGCCCUUCGACCUGAUCAGGUCAAGUCGCUCGGGCGUCGCGUGCGGAACUUCGACGAGGAAGUGUGGCAGCGACAUCUGGAAGACAUUGCCUUCGAGGUGGUGUUGCAGAAGUUCCGCUCCCGCGCGUCACUGAAGGACGUGCUGCUGAAGACGGGUGAUGCCGUCCUCGUCGAGGCGGCCAAGGACGACAGAAUCUGGGGUGUGGGAAUCGACAAGUCCGAUGCCAGAAUCUGGAACCCGGAGAAAUGGCGUGGGCGGAACAUCCUUGGAAAUGCGCUGAUGAAGGCGCGUCAGGUGCUGCGGACGGUGCUUUCGGAUACCUCAACACAGAAGCACUUCACACCUCAGCACUUCGAAAAGGGAAGCUCCAGCUUCAGUGGCUACGCGCGGAAGACGAAGGCAAGUGAGCCGGAGGUGGAGAAGUCACUUCCAGACUCAGAGCCAGCUCCGCCGGACGUUGCGCAGCUCCCCACGGGUGACGUGGCGGAGAAGAAGAUCCGCUCGUUGAAGAAGAAGCUGCGCGACAUCGCGAAGCUGAAGGAGAAGGCUGCCGCAGGUCCCAUCGACCCGCUCCAGCAGCAGAAGACCUCGUAA